GGAUCGCUGUGGUAAAAUAUGCACUAGAUCUCUCAAAAAUGCUCUAAUCACGAUGUCCUGUUCAAGACUGACUGAGAAGUACCAGCAUUUCUUCACAUCGGUGAGUGAUGAAGAUCAGAGCAUCUCCAAGGAGAAGUUGUUUUUGCUUCUUGAUGACUUAAUUCAGAUUCCUUAUGCCAUAAAGGAAGGGGCAUCAUUUGGCAGAAAUAUCGCAGGAACUGUGGACAGUUGCUUCAAAGCAGGCAACUCGCCGAGUGGAAAAGUUACCAUUGAGUGUUUCUACCGAUGGCUGGCCCAGGAGCCGCAAACACUAGUCUGGUUGCCCACACUUCAUCGUGUUAUUGCCACAGAAACAGUUGUACAUAAUGUCAGCUGUAAUGCUUGUGGAUCAGUACGAAUUACAGGUCUGAGGUACAGGUGUUUGCAGUGUGUGAAGUAUGAACUAUGCCAGAGUUGUUUUUUGCAAGGGCAGACGUCAUUAAGCCACAAAUUGAAGCACCCGGUCAGAGAGUAUUGCUUGCCUACCUCUAUCAAAGACAAUACAAAAGCAUUACUGGAAAUACUGAAGAACAAACUUAGGAAGCAUCCCAGAAGGCAACCAAAGACUGCCUACCUGCCAGUGAAACCUUUAACAGAAGAUGGAGCCUUAACAAACUGGCAACCAGACAGCAUCCAUAACUCCAUUGCCAGAGUCUCAGAUUCGGUGGACUCGGGGCUUGCCAUUGGAGCUGACCCUCGAGAAGCAGACAUUGAAGAAGCUGAAGUUCAAAGAUGUAAUGAAACAUCGAAGAUCCUUGGAGAGCCAUGCAGUGUCAGGGGUCCGUUUAUGAGCGAGUCUGACCAGGAACUGGCAUUACUGUCCAGAAGAGAUAUAGAGAAUCAACAGCAGCAGAUUGAGCAGCUGAAACAAGAGAACAG